AUGACAGAAGAUCGCCCUCCGGGAACGGGCGUCCCAAAGUCUUCGGCGGUUCCCCCUCCGAAGUCGCAAGCAUCAACCACGGAACAUACUUCUACCACGCAGCAGCGCGAGGGCCUGCUCGCCAACGACACUAACAUCCACGCGGGCAUCCGCACCACGCUCAGCGGGCCCAGCGACUACGAGAACGACGGGUACUGCGGCUUCGAGAUUGUCGAGGCCCGCGAGAUCGACAAAAUCGGCGCCGAAGGCAUCAUCAAGAAGAUUGUCGAGCGUGUCGGCACCACCAACCCCGUCUACUUGUCCCUCGACAUCGAUACCUUGGACCCAGCGUUCGCGCCGGCUACGGGGACCCCGGAGACGGGUGGUUGGAGCACUAGGGAGCUACGCACGAUUUUGAGGGGCUUGGAGCAUGUUAAUCUGAUCGGGGCGGAUAUCGUGGAGGUUGCUCCUGCUUAUGACACAAAUGCUGAGCACACCACGAUGGCAGCAGCUGAUGCGCUAUACGAAAUAAUGAGCAUAAUGUUGAAGAAAGGGCCGUUGAGCAACAUGGUCUCUACUGGUUCUGAGGAAGAGCUAUGA